AUUUCCUGCACUUGAAUGCAGCAGUGCUUUAGCUAACGUGACGUUAGCUUUUCCUGUAACACUAUGAGUUGAUCAAACCUGCAGAGCUGGGAAUGCAGCCACCGCUGCCACCUGAAGCAGUCAGAGAGCUGGUCAGCUCCUGUCUCCACAGAGACCCAAUAGCAGCAGACCUUCGCUGCAGCCUGUUUGUUGCUGCUGCAAAGAACUACAAGAGGGACUCUUUGCUCAGACCCUUCCCUCCUCGAUACAUAAGUGGUGACAAUAAAGAUUUUGAGGAGCUGUUGGCAGAUGUAAACUCGUUGCCUGGUGUGAGGGAUUUGGUGAGACUACGACCUGGACAAGGUGAUCAUCAUCUGGCUCUUGCACACUGGAUUCUCUCCUCAAAGAGUUUUGCAGUGAAAACACUACAGAAAGAUGAGUACGGCAAGCUCUGUAACCUGACAGAAAAUGAAGGGAUUUCUGCACCUGUGCCAGACUUCCUCUUUGAACUGGAGUACUCUGAUCAGAUGAACGCCAGGUUUGAGAGGAUGAGAGAAGGAAGAGACAUUUUCUAUGCGUUCCACGGGAGCCGGCUGGAGAACUUUCACUCAAUCAUUCACAAUGGGUUGCACUGUCACCUCAACAAGAACUCGGUGUUUGGAGAGGGCACCUACCUCACCAGUGACCUCAGCAUGGCUGUCCUCUACAGUCCCCACAGUAGCGGAUGGCAAGAAAGCAUCCUGGGUUCUCUGCUCAGCUGCGUCGCCUUGUGUGAAAUCAUCGAUCAUCCAGAUGUUAAGUGCCAAGUGAAGAAGAAAGAUUCUGAAGUCAUAGACCGGCAGCGCUCACGAGCCAAGAACAGCGAAGGAGGGGAUGUACCGCAGAAAUACUUCAUCGUCACCAACAAUCAGCUUUUACGAGUCAAGUACCUGCUUGUUUACUCUCAGAGGAAGCACCUGACCAGGAAUUCCCGCAGCAGCUCGUGGCUCCUUAGGCACCAUUUUGCCAUCAUGAUGAGUCUCUACCUUCUGCUGCUUAUAUUCAUCGGUGCCUUGAACUCCACCACCUUUGUAUCCUUCUGGAACAGACUGUUCAGGUGACGAGGCAGCAGGAGAGGCGGCCUGCAGUGCCUUUCUGAUCAGACUGACUGGAGGCCUGAGCAGGUGUUAAGGUUUAUUCACAUUUACACUGUUUCUUUCUGCUAUAGUUCUUUUCUAUAUUUUUACAAAUAGUCCUAAUUACUGUUAAUUCACAAUAACAUAUUUUAGAUAGCAAAAAUGAAGAUGCUGUUCUAUAUUGAGCCUGUUCAAGUAGGACCAUUUUAAGAAUAUUAUUCAAUGUUCCUUCUGUAAUUUGUACAGUUUAGUAAACACUCUGUUUCGUGGCAAAUCUCUGCUGCUGUGUGUUUUUAGUCUUCUGAGGAUACAUAUAGUUUUACUAACCUGAGAUGAAGACAGAAACAUGCUGCAGGCUCACAAUCAUCUUGUUGAAGCAAUUCCAAGGUAAUGCAAACUGUCUAUUUGGAAGAAUGUCAAUAAAUUUCUUUUAAUUUGAA